AUAUAAUAAUUAUAAUUAUAUCAAAGCAGCCUCAUUAGUUUCUUUUUCUCAUAUUGUUCUUCUUUUCUUCAAAUCUUGGAUUUUUCAGCCAACAGGAACCAGCCUAGAUCAGUUUUGGACUCAAAAUUUCCAGUUGACAAUUCUUAAGGGGGAGGCUUGGUAUCUUUACAGCAAUCCUGAUUGAGGUUUUUGUAUGCAGUUGAGGAGAAGGCCCAAACAAAGAUCUUGGAGGGUUCAGAUUUUCUAAGUCUUUAAGGUUUCUGGAGAUGGCUGGUGUCCAAAAUCAGUUGGAGAUCAAGUUUCGAUUGACUGAUGGAUCAGAUAUUGGUCCUAAAACCUUUCCUGCUGCUACUAGUGUUGCAACCUUGAAGGAAAGUGUUCUUGCUCAAUGGCCUAAAGGGAAGGAGAAUGGUCCAAUGACAGUGAAAGAUGUCAAGUUAAUUAGUGCAGGAAAAAUAUUGGAGAACAACAAAACCCUGGGAGAGUGCCAGAGCCCUCUUUGUGAUAUUCCUGGCGGGGUGACGACUAUGCAUGUUGUUGUUCAACCUCCUUUGGAAAAAGAAAAGAAAGCAACAAACCAACCAAAGCAGAACAAAUGUGUUUGUGUCAUAUUAUAAUCCACAGCUUGAAGAAGGGACGACAUCAUUAUCAGAUGAUGAUUGCUGGAACUAGUAUAAAAAAAUUGAAGUUGCGGACAUUUCUGAUCAAUGAAGGCAGUUGGCAUCAUGCACAUUUAUUAUAUAGGUCAUGUUUUUUUUCACCACUGGUCUACGCCUUUUUUGUGUAGUUGAUGAUUGUCCAUCCGUUUUGUUCACUUUGUUCUUUUCACAUUAAUUAGACUUUGCUAUCAGGCAAUUAAAUCUCUGAUUUUCCACAUAUUUAUGUUUUGAAUUCGUCUUCCCUUGUAUAAUAUCAUUUUUUUAUCGUGUAAUUUGACAUGAUACUCAUAUUCAUGUUGCUGAUCAUACUUUUACCAAUUAUAAAUGCCGAGAGCUACAGAUAUAGAGUUGGUACCUUAGCAUUGCUCCCUUCUGCAUACAUCCCUUCUUCAAGAAAGAUUUAUGGUGGUUUGGAGUUUAUAUUACGGUUUCAUAGAUUUUUUAUUGGCUUGAUGUUUCCAUAACUUGAUGGUCAAAAUACAAAUAGCCAUUGUAGUUGGUUUACUUUCCUUUGGUAGCAUGAAGAUCACCUAAAUUCUGUCAUAUUAAGAAUUAGUGAUCUACAAAGCGUUGUCUGUAAGCAAUCAAAAUGUUUGUUGGAAAAUCACUAGCAUUACACAUUAAAACAUACUAUGCUUAAACUAUUGCUUAAUUAUAAAGCUGUUCCUGCAUUUUCUUGACCAUGUUGAUCGUCUGACAGUCAUGAUGACUGCUUUAUGGCCCCAUUUCCACUCCGGAUGUUCUCAAAAUAUGAAAAGGUUUAGCUCAACCUGGUGUCACGACUGAAACUUAAACUCCAAAUCAUACAUGGUCUGUGACACUAGCUUGGUGUCAUGACCCUAAAGAGGAAUUAUAAUCUAGCUUGGUGUCAUGAUCUUAAAGAGGAAUUAUAAAUCUCAUGUUGGUUGUAUACCAAGUGUCCACAACAUCUUU